ACAUCGUGGCGGGGCUGCCCGUGGACCGUGUCACUCUCGUGUUUGACCGCUCAGUCGACGCGCGCUUCCGGGCGCUGCUGACGGUGUCGCUGCACCUGGCGCACAUCGGCACCAAGACCUACAGCAUCGACAGCCAGCCCCGCCUGGACGAGUACACGGAGCACGUGCGCCACACCAUGGCCGAGUACGAGAGCCUGACGAGCGUCAUCUUUUGCUCGCGGGCCUCAGCGGAGCUCCUCCUGGGCGCGAUUCGGAGCAAGAACUUGAUCCAGCGCAACCUGCUGUACAUGUUCUACGUGGAGCUGUGGCCGCCCAGCCCCAAGUUCCUGGACCAGCUGCUGGAGGCCAUGCGGGUGGCAGUCAUCUCCAACCCGCGGGCAGGGACGUACCGCGUGCACUACACCCAGGCCACGUCGGAGGGCUCGGGCGCGCUGCGGCUCGUCAACUGGUGGAGCGGCACUCUCUUCCGCUUCCCCGUGCUGCCGCCCGCCUCGCGCGUCUACACGGACCUGCGCGGCCGCACGCUGGAGGUGCCCGUGCUGCACAAGCCGCCGUGGAACUUCGUGACCUACACCAACAAGACGUUCCUGGUGGAGGGCGGGCGCGACCACCAGCUGCUGCAGCUGCUGGCGGAGAAGCUGCACUUCAAGUUCCAGUACUUCGACCCGCCGGAGCGCAGCCAGGGCUCGGCCUUCGUGGAGACGCUGGGCAACAAGACCUUCCCCGGAAUCCUGGGCCUCGUCAGCGAGCGGAAGGCGGACCUAGCCUUGGGGGACAUCACUAUCACGUACGAGCGCAGCCAGGCCGUCGAGUUCUCCUUCCUGACGCUGGCCGACUCGGGGGCCUUCGUCACCAAGACCCCCAGCAGGCUGAACGAGGCGCUGGCGCUAGUGCGGCCCUUCCAGUCCGAGGUGUGGCCCGUGCUGGUGCUGACGGUGCUGCUGUCGGGGCCCAUGCUGUUCGGCGUGCUCGAGGCGCCCCGCCUGUGGCGCGGCAGGGCGUGGGCGGCGCGCCGGGGCCGCCGGACUGUCUCCGAUAAGAAGCUCUUCUGGACCGCCGUCUGGUUCAGCAUCGCGCUCUUCUUCAAGCAGAGCGUCCGCGGCCCCGAGGACGGCCUCCGCGUGCGCCUGCUCACCAUCCUGCUCUCCUUCGCCGCCACCUACGUCAUCGGGGACAUGUACUCGGCCAACUUGACCUCCAUGCUGGCCCGGCCGGGCAGAGAGCGGCCCAUCAGCAACCUGGAGCAGCUGGCGGACGCCAUGCAGACGAGGGGCUACCAGCUGCUGGUGGAGAAACACUCCUCCUCGUACAACAUCCUGGAGAAUGGCACGGGGGUGUACGAGCGGCUGUGGCGGCUGAUGCGGCGGCAGCGCGAGGACAGCCGCGUCGAGAGCGGCGAGGACGGCAUGGUGCGCGUCGGCAGCGAGCCCAACCUGGCCAUGCUGGGCGGCAGGGAGACGCUCUACUUCGACACGAGGCGCUUCGGCGCUCACCGCUUCCACCUCAGCGAGAAGCUGUUCACGCGCUAUUCGGCCAUCGCGCUGCAGGUCGGCUGCCCCUACAUCGCGAGCGUCAACAACAUACUCAUGCAGCUCUUCGAGGCGGGAAUCCUGACCAAGAUGACGGAGGAGGAGUACGAAAAGCUGGGCGACAGGCUGCACGACCCGGACCCCACGCUGCCGGACAGGACGCCGAAGAAGGGCGUGGCGGAGAAGGGCGGCGGCGAGCUCGGCGACGGCAGCGGCUCGGGUGGACGCGCCGACGACGUGGAGGAGGACGAGGAGGAGUACUACGACUACCCGGGGCCGGGCCGCUCAGGGGAGGACGAGGCGGACUACGAGGACGAGUACAUGGAUGAGGGCCCCACGGCCGCGACGGACACCACGACGACGCCCGCGCCCACCACGACGCCUGUACCGGCGCCGGCCCUGGACGGAGCGGAGGGCCCCGCCGAGGGCUCGGAGACGGAGAGCAGGAAGGGGCGCAGCUCGAGCAGCACCGAGGAGAAGCUCAAGCCCAUCUCCAUCAAGAUGCUGCAGGGCGCGUUCUACGCGCUGCUCGCCGGCUACGCGUUUGCCGAUUUAUGA